AUAUACAUGACAAUUAUACUCUGAGCUGUGGAUAACACACUAGAUGUGGUGUCCUUUAUGAUUCGAAGUGUUCGAAAUCUGAUUUGAGCAAGGUGUCAAACAAGCAAUAAUGGCAGGCUCGUCCGCCGUCAAACUCUCACUUCUACCACCUCCGUCUAGCAAUCCUCCUUCCUUACAUCCUUCUCCUCCAUCUCCUUCCUCCUCCUCGUGCCCGUCCUCUGCUCACUCCUCUGCCUCGCAUAACGACUGAUCAAUAUCUGACUGCUACGGACAUCGAUUUUGAGCUCUGAUUCAGGAACAAAACUUCGGCGUAUGCGCGUAAUCAUGGGCCCCUGCCGUUGGAAGCACUGCAGUUGCCCGCAAGGAGACUGUAUUACAGACUCCUCCGGUCAAGCGGAAACAUGUAAUGAAUGCGCACACCCCUUGGCGUAUCAUGAAGAAUAUACCGUCUCAGAGCCUACUCUCAUACCAGUCCUCAAGAAAGACCCGCCGGCGCAGGUGACGAAAAUACCGUCUGAGUACUUGUACGAUGCGAUAUAUUCGAAGACAAACCUAAUAUUUAUAGUUACCCCCUCACCCAUUGCUGAGCGCACCGGCCUAAUUACAGAAAUCUUCCGACGAUUAGAAGACUCCGCUAUAGUGAGAAUCAGCGGGACUCCAGCUUCGGGCAAGACUACCCUUAUGAGACUGAUGAUGAAGAGUUUGAUGAUUGAUCCGAAGAAUACCCAACAUAUCUAUGCCCUUUACUCUUGGAUCCCUGCCAAGGUCGAAAACAUGGGCGGCUUCCAAAAAUAUCUGAACGAAAUGACGGGGAAAGACGCCGAUGAAUGGCUUGGUUAUCCUGCAUACCUAUUCAUUGAUGAAGCCCAGACAUCAUAUGAGGAUACCGACUUGUGGUCUUAUCUGUUUAAGUCUGUCACACCGAAAUCAAAGUGCAGGAUCGUGCUCUUCACGUCGUACGGCUCCCCUGAUGAGGGAGCUGAAGGAUUCUUUCAGCUGAAAUCCCCUGAAACGACCCAAAUGACCUUCGGCAAGGCGCAGCAAAUAUCCUUGAGACCCGAUCUUACUGUUAUACCGGAUCACAAGCCGGUCGGUAUGCUUCUUGAUGAGACCGAGAGUAUGAAACUCGCCGAGGAUCUCAUAAAUUACCGCUCUUCGUCCCAUUUUACUGGAGGUGUAUCGGAAGAUUUCAAGUAUGGUGUCUGGAAGAUCAGUCAGGCCACGUGGGACUGAUCACAUCAUUCUGUGAACUUUUGGAACGUUUACCGGAAUUACGCUCAUAUAGAGCUUCUAUUCUGAACUGGCAAAUUGUUUCUGAUGUCGUCCUUAAGAAACCCGCGAUGUUACUUGAACGUAUCAGAAAUACUGGAUUCGCAAGAGGUCUCCCAAAACGCAAGGUAUUACAGGAUCCAAUUGUGAAUGGGGUACUGAAGAAAGCCGUUCUAUUGUCUUCCGGGCUCACCACAUCAUCCUUCAACAAAAAUCCCGACGAACAACUAGCGCUUCGCUAUAUAUGGAGAAAAGGUUGGCUGCACGCGCAGAAAACCGGGGAUGAUACCAGAUACGUCUUCCCAACCGACUUUCAUAGAUGGUAAGUACAUGGUCUGUAUUGUUUUGUCUUGAUCUGUG